AUCCAGUUGAGAGAAUGUUACUAAUCUGCAUGUAUGAGUACACGUAUAUGUACGCAUUUGCUAUCGAUUAUACGGUCAAAGAUCAUGCUUCAAACAUAACACAUUUUUAAUUGAGAGAACUUAUAUAUUGUAUCGAAACUGUGUCGCAUCAGUUUAUCGUAUUGCAAGUCAAAAUGUACAUCGUGACGACGGCGACGUUAAUUUUCACGACGGUCUACAGAACACUCGUCGUUCAGAAGACUGCUGCCAAUGAUCUAAACGUUAUUUCUAGGGCGCAAUGGGGCGCUAGAGCACCGAAAUCACCAGCUACCGAUCUUAAAAUAAUACCAGCGCCCUACGUGCUCAUUCAUCAUUCGGCUACUUCCGGUUGCGAGACCCAAGAAAAGUGUGAAUUGAAAGUGAGAAGUAUCCAGAACUAUCAUAUGGAUAAUAAAAGAUGGGACGAUAUUGGCUAUAAUUUCAUAGUCGGCGAAGACGGAAACGUUUACGAAGGCCGCGGCUGGGGCAAAAAGGGUGCUCAUUCCAUACCUUACAACAACAGGAGUAUUGGAGUUUGUAUCCUUGGAGACUACAGCAACCGAACACCAAAUGCGACUGCGAUAGAAGCAGUAGCUAAAUUGAUCGCACGUGGGGUGGAUAAUGACGAAGUAAAAAGUGACUACAAACUUCUUGGACAUCGACAAACCUGGGCAACUGCCUGUCCCGGAAAUGAUCUUUACGCAAUGAUACAAUCGUGGCCUCAUUGGACGGAAGCUGCCACAUAAAGGAUUAUUUUUAAUAUGACCUAACACAAAAAUGGCUCGAUUAAAAAAUAUUUAUAAAUUACAAUUUUGUGAUUUAUUGAAAUAGACAUACAAUUUACGAGGAUCUCUGUAUCUUUUAAUAUUUGCAGUGCAUUUCGAUUCUUUAAGUGUUAGAUUUCGCAUCAUCAAUAAUUUCAUAUUUUAUAAUGUCAUUUCGCUAGUUAAUACAUAUUUGGAAAAAUAAAGUAAACAAUCCUUAUUUAAAAUAUGAUUUAAUUCAAUUUUAUGUAAAGAGAAAGAGAAAGAAAGCAUAUAUGUUUUGUUAUAAAAUAAUAAUUUAAAACUAUUAUUGAUUAAAUUAACAUACAUACAAAGA